GUAAUCCUCAACCCCACAACCACGCAGCGGCGAAGGGCGGGGGGCAGUUGCCAUCUCCCACCACCUUGAACAAAAGAAACUUGCAAGUAAUACUUACUACCUAAAACGCCACAAUGUCAAGCAAACCCCCUUCAUUUUCCUCUGAUCCCUAUUCUUGUAUCUUAAAAACCUUCCGAAAAUUAUAUCUUUUUUGCUAACCAAAACCCAUAAAGAUUCAAGUUCUCUUUAGAGCUUUGUAGUUUUCUUUUUUUGGGUUUUUUGUUUUUUUAGAGAGAACAAUGUCAUCAACUCCAUCCCCAGGGGCUUCUCCGGCCCCGACAUCACCUCCGUCAACAAAUUCAUCUUCUCCUCCGCCGUCUUCCGCCGCUACUCCGCCGCCAACCGCUGUGACAUCUCCGCCACCCGCCACCCCAUCAGCUCCUCCGCCUUCGACCGUCCCGUCCCCUCCUGCUCCCUCCACGUCAUCACCUCCGCCAUCAUCGUCUAUCUCCCCACCGACUCCAACCACCGCUUCUCCUCCACCAUCGUCGUCCUCCAGUCCUUUCCCUCCGUCUCCUCCUACGUCUACUCCGAGAAAUCCAUCGCGCCCUCCGACUUCGAGGGGUUCGGGGACUCCGUCUCGUCCGUCGGCGCCGCCGUCUGAAUCGGGAACUGGGGUGACGACGGGAAUGGUGGUCGGGAUAGCAAUAGGGGGUGUGGUGAUAUUGUUGUUUUUGAGUUUGUUGUGUAUAUGUUGUAAGAAGAAGAGUAGAAAAAGAAGAAGAGAUGACGAAAUUUACUACGUUCCUCCCCCGCCACCUCCUGCUCCUAAAGAAGAUCCCUAUGGUGGACAUCAGUAUCGGCGGCAACAAAAUCCGCCACCACCACCUGUGAAUCAAUCCGCUGCAGCACCUCCAAAGCCCACUCCUCCACCAGUUACAGCAUGGCGACCUCAGCAAAUGCCGCCGCCUCCACCACCCCCACCUUUCAUGAGCAGCAGUGGAGGUUCUGGAUCUAAUUAUUCCGGUUCCGAAACCCCACUUCCGCCACCCUCGCCUGGUAUUGCGUUAGGUUUCUCGAAGAGCACGUUUACCUAUGAAGAAUUAGCAAGUGCAACGGAUUGCUUCUCAGAUGCAAACCUUCUUGGGCAAGGUGGUUUCGGGUAUGUUCACCGAGGAGUUCUCCCGAAUGGGAAACAAGUAGCGGUCAAGCAACUGAAGGCCGGAAGUGGACAAGGGGAGAGAGAGUUUCAGGCAGAAGUUGAGAUUAUUAGCCGUGUUCAUCACAAACAUCUCGUGUCAUUGGUCGGAUAUUGCAUCUCCGGGACGACAAGAAUGCUUGUUUAUGAGUUUGUUCCAAACAACACUUUGGAGUUUCACUUGCAUGGAAAGGGGAGACUUACCGUGGAUUGGCCUACUAGGUUGAGAAUUGCUAUAGGAUCUGCAAAAGGACUAGCAUAUCUUCAUGAGGAUUGUCAUCCUAAGAUCAUUCAUCGCGAUAUUAAGGCUUCUAAUAUUCUUUUGGAUUACAAAUUUGAGGCUAAGGUUGCCGAUUUUGGACUUGCAAAGUUUUCUUCCGAUUUCAACACUCAUGUCUCUACUAGGGUGAUGGGUACUUUUGGGUAUUUGGCUCCCGAGUAUGCUUCAAGUGGAAAACUCACGGACAAAUCAGACGUUUUCUCGUUCGGGGUCAUGCUUUUGGAAUUGAUUACUGGACACAGACCUGUUGACUCGUCUUACAUGGAAGACAGUUUGGUGGAGUGGGCUAGGCCAUUGCUCACUCGAGCUUUGGAUGAUGGAAACUUUGAUAGUCUGGCUGAUCCCAAGUUACAAAAGGAAUAUAACCAUAAUGAGAUGACUCGCAUGGUCGCUUGUGCUGCUGCUUGCGUGCGACAUUCUGCAAGACUUAGACCUCGGAUGAGCCAGAUAGUCCGUGCCGUGGAAGGAGAUGCAUCAUUGUCUGAUCUCAAUGAAGGAAUGAAACCCGGACAAAGCAGUGUCUACAGCUCUUACGAGAGCUCUGAAUACGAUACAAGCCAGUACAAUGAAGACAUGAAAAGGUUCAGGAGGAUGGCCUUGGGCACAGGCACAGAGGAAUAUGCCGCUAGCAACGAGUACAGCGAGCCCACCAGCGAAUAUGGUUUAUACCCUUCUGGCUCGAGCAACGAAGGGCAAACCACCCGCGAAAUGGAGAUGCGGAAGUUGAAGAAAAACAACCUGGGUUUCAGCGGGAACUCAACCUCGUGACGCAACAAUCCUCAUCACAACAUUGUAAAGCUCCCAUUCUCCUUUUACAUACCAUAUGAACUCGAGUCGGCUUGUGUUUUAUUUUCCCAUGGAGAUGACACAAAUUUAAUCCCUCUAAUUUUUAAACUAAGGGUUUUUAUUGAUUUGUAAUUUUUUUAGUGAUUUCACAAAAAUGGAUACAAUUUGCACCAUUCUUUCA